AUGGGCGCGCGCGAGGGGCGGGAGAUGGGAUUUCGCAAGGGGUUCGAGCUCGCGGAGGAGGUGGGGUACUACGCCGGGUGCGCGGCGGUGUGGCGGACGUGCGCGACGCGAGACGGCGACGCGCGCGGAGGGCGAGUCGAGCGCUUGAUCGAGAGCUUCGAGCGCGAGCUCGAGGAGAGCGCGAUCGGGAAUCCGCUGGACGAGGGGAUAUUGGAACGCGUCGAGCGGUUGCGAGGACGAUUUAAGACGCUCGCGGCGUUGCUCGGACGUCGAGGGGAGCACGCGCGCGCGGAUGCAUCGCUCGGGAUUAGUUUUUAG